ACUUGUUCUUGGCGGUAGCCAUAUUGAUUUGUUCCUCCUGUUGUGUGUGAUCUAUCCAGCCAGGAUAGAAUAACGUUGAUUUGUUGUGAUUGGUAAUUUUUCCUCAUCUUCUAUCAACUUCUUUAUUAUUGUAAUUUAGAUUUAAUUGAUUGAACAAUCAUUGGUUGAAUAGCCGGGUGAUAAUAUUUGUUUAGAACCGCUAGUUACCCGAUUACUUGUUCUGAUUUCGACGGGAAAGGGCGCGUGUCUAAAAGUCCCCGGUAGGCUAUUCUUCAACAUCCAAACCGUAGUUUGGAUUCUACAGUUCUAAACAAUUAUUAAUUGGCCGAAGUCGUUUGGCAAUCGUUCGCGGAUUUGAUUAUCGUUUCUGGAAAUAUUUGGUCGUUUCGUCUAUAAUGCCAACUAAUCGUCGAAGGAAAUCAAGUUCAAAGUUCGUUGAUGUUAAUGAAGAAUCCCCUAUUACCAAGCAAGUGCCUUUUGAUGUCCUUAAGUGUCAUGGUUCAGACUCGAAUAGGGUUGAUUAUCAUGGUAGUGACUCUAGUCUUAAUUCGAUGACAGAUGACGUAAAAAAUCUUAGUUUAAAGGAGAAGCAAAGGCUUGAAUUAUCAGGAAGAAGCGUUUUGCCUAUAGCGCCUGUUGUUGGUCUAGAACUACCAAAGGUUGAAUUGAGUUAUUUUGAUGGAGAGCCAAAAGGAUACUGGAAGUUUAUAAGACAAUUUGAGACGUAUAUAGCAUCAAGAGUCACCGAUGAUAGCCAACGUUUGCUCUAUCUCAUGCACUAUUGUAAGGGCAAGGCGAAGACAGCUAUCGAAGGUUGUGUCAUGAUGGAAGCAUCCUCUGGUUAUAAGAGAGCAAGGGAAAUUCUAAAGCGUUUGUUCGGUCAGUCUCAUGUAAUCGCUCGAGAAACAUUAGAAGAUUUAUUUAAUGCUGUUAAUUUUGAUUAUACUGACGGGGAGCAACUAUCAAACUUGGCCAUUAAAAUGGAAAACUGCGCUAUGGUCUUAGAACAGAUGAAUUAUAACUCUGAUCUAAAUUCGUUAGUUACUUUGGAAAGAAUAGUAAGACUAUUACCUCAAGUUAUGCAAGCCCAGUGGGCGGAUAGGGUGGAUCAAUUGACGGAAGAUAAUAGAGAACCGACUUUUGACGAGCUUACCCAAUUUAUAGCGUCCCGCGCAAGAGUAGCUAAUAGUAGGUUUGGACGGUUAGCGAGUCGUCCGAGAAAGGGACACAACUUAAAGACAAAUUGUCACUUGCAAUUAGAGCAGGAGGGUAACUCUAGAGCUAAAUGCAGGGUGUGCUCCCAGGACCACGCUAUUUAUAAAUGUCCAAAAUUUUUAGCGCUUACCGUUCAAGAGAGAUGGUCUCAAGCAAAAGUUAAUGGCAUCUGUUUGGUCUGCCUUAGGCAAGGGCAUAAAGUUAAUGAAUGUAAGCUGGCGAAACGUUGUAACGUUAAUGGUUGUGAGAAGAAACACCAUUCCUUGCUGCACAGCGAAAAUGAUAAAUCUGAUAUCCCGAAUUGUUGUGGAUUUACUAAAUCCCUAAGUAGCCAAGUGUGCCUAGGAAUGAUCCCUGUACGGUUGAUGUUAGGAGAUGCCGAAAUGGUAGGUUAUGCUUUGUUGGAUAACGGGUCUGAUGUAACGUUGAUAAAAUCGAGCUGUUUGAGGUGUCUCGGGCUGAAGGAAGACCGAGCGUCAGUGGUAGUAGAGACUGUGGGUGGUAAUAGGACAAUGACGGUCACAAAGACCCCUUUUGAGGUAUAUUCUCUAGAUCGGUCAGGACAUGUUACGAUCGAAGGAGCUCUGAUUGUGGCAGAUAUACCAGGUCAUAAGCCAACAAGGUCGGCAGUGGACAACCUAGUUAAAUGGCCACAUUUAAGGGAUGUACCAAUAGAUAACUUCGACUCUGAAGAAGUUCUGCUGUUGAUUGGUUGCGACGUACCAGAAGCACACUGGGUGUUAGACCAGCGGUUGGGUGGAAGAAAAAGCCCGUACGCUGUGAAGACGUUGCUGGGUUGGACGGUUUUCGGACCCGCGUCGUAUCCGGAAUAUAGGAAAAGAGUGGUCAAUCAUACCAGUAAGAUACAGACCUUGGAGAACGAAAUACGUAAACUUUAUGAUGUAGAGUUUUCUGACGUUUAUUCAAAUGAUAAAUCAUUAUCACUAGAAGAUAAGGCGGCUAUAAGGAUUGUGGAAAGGGGCACACGCUUCGAAAAUGGGCAUUUUGUAGUUCCUAUACCAUGGAAAGUGAACCCAAAUAUGAAAGGGGAGAAUUAUGAAGUGGCAAGCAGUAGACUACAGAGUUUGAAGCGUAGAUUGUUGAAAGAUGACAUUCUGUAUAUCAAGUAUACAAAAGGCAUUGAAAGUAACUUUAUUAAGGGCUAUGCGGAGAAGAUCCCCGAACUACAAUUGCAACCUAGUUAUCGCCCUAGGUGGUACUUGCCUCACCAUGCAGUUAUAAACCCGAAAAAGCCAGAAAAACUGAGAGUAGUUCUUGACUGUGCCGCCAAGUUUGCAGGCGUUUCUCUAAACGAUAUGAUUUAUCAAGGACCCGACACAACGGCUGAGUUAGUGUGUAUAUUAUUGCGUUUUCGCAAAGAGGCAGUCGCAGUCUCUGCGGAUGUUGAAGAAAUGUUCAUGCAAGUGAAGGUCCCUGAGUCUGAUCGAGGAGCUUUAAGAUUUCUGUGGUGGCAGAGGGGAGACAUGUCGAAAGAACCAUCCGAGUUUCAAAUGACAUCCCAUCCAUUUGAUGCCACAUCCUCGCCGUUUCGUGCGAACUUUCCCUUGAAUAAGACGACCCAAAUAUUCUUGGACGGUUAUGAUGGUUAUGUUGUAGAUGAUGUCAAGAAUAAUUUCUAUGCUGAUGAUUGCUUGAUAUCCAUUCCCACUUGUGAUCAAGCAAAGAGUUUCGUUAAGCAGAUAAGUGAAUUAUUAUGUAGAGGAAGUAUACAAAAAAUGACCGAUCUUGGAUCUUGGUUCAAAUGUCCUACUUUAUUGCAUGACGAAUUUUAUAUAACAAUCACUGACUGUCCGGAACCUACUCCUGACGAUAUUGAAUUUAGAAAACCUGCUGUGGUUAACUUGAGUAGUAUGAAGUACAACAUGACACCUAUUCUGUCUUAUUAUUCCGAGUGGUUGAAAUUAGUCAGAGCUGUAACCUGGUUUAGAAGGUUCAUCGAAUUCCUGAUGGUACUUCGUUUACCGAGUUGUGAAGGAUCCGUUCAUCUAGGAUGUUUAAAGGUUAAAGAGCUUGAGAUUGCCAAGCGUAAGAUUUUAUUGAUGGUUCAGAGAGAAGUGUAUGGAGAAUUACUUAGUGAAUUUAAGAACAGCAGUAAAGUAGUAAGCCAUGAUGAUCUGAAAGGUUUAUCGUUGAUGAUGCUUGAUGGGUUACUCUGCGUUGGAGGUCGACUAAGAUACUCAGAUUUCCCAAAUGCUUUUAAACAUCCAGUAAUUUUACCCAGUCGACACUUAGUGACGGAAAUGAUAGUUAGACAUUGUCAUAAAGAACAAGGACAUAUAGGGAGAUCAUUAGAAAAAGGGUAUGGAUAUGUGUUUACUUGUUUGCAAACAUGGGCAGUACAUAUUGAAAUGAUGUGUAAUUUGAUUUCUGAUUCAUUUUUAAUGGCUCUAUUACGCUUUAUUGGAAGAAGAAGGAAACCUCCAGAGAUUUACAGUGUCAGUGCGUCAAGCUUCGUGGGGACAGUUUCUGAGUUAAGCAAGUUUGUGCAGCAGUCGAAUCAGAAGAUAAACAUUGAAUUGUCAGCGAGGCCCUCAUCCAACAGCAUGGGUGGAGUUUGGGGAAGAGUGAUUAGGUCUAUAUCACGACUGUUAUCGUUGACCACCAGAGAACAGGUGAAGCAGGUCUCCUUGAAGCUUUGGAUUAGUCUUUGUUGUUAUUAAUGUAGUUAGGUCGAGUAGGCGUACUGUUGUAAGUCCUACUCGUUCCUAUGAUGUGAUAUGUUAUAUAAUGAACCAUGACCGUAGGCAUCAAGGUAGCUUGUGUGGUAUGGAGGGAUUUUGGGGGCCGGUGUAAGAUCCAUUUUGAAGGUUUUGUGUGUUGGUGAAAAUCCCUCCAUGUAUAUACUUGUACUUUGUUCCUAUUGAUUCCCUUAGUUGUACAUUGUUGUAUUUUGAUUACAUUUGAGUUGUUAAUACUUGUAUUUUUUAUUAUAGUUUUUGUUUUUCUUACGCAUUCACUAAGUUUGUGUUUCUUCCUGAACUGCAUCUGUGUUGUUUUACUUGACACUUGUUCUUGGCGGUAGCCAUAUUGAUUUGUUCCUCCUGUUGUGUGUGAUCUAUCCAGCCAGGAUAGAAUAACGUUGAUUUGUUGUGAUUGGUAAUUUUUCCUCAUCUUCUAUCAACUUCUUUAUUAUUGUAAUUUAGAUUUAAUUGAUUGAACAAUCAUUGGUUGAAUAGCCGGGUGAUAAUAUUUGUUUAGGUAAUGAUUUACAUUAAAUUUAUUAUGAAUUAUAGAACCGCUAGUUACCCG